GCCUGUUGGUGUUAUCGGCGUCCGAGAGAAGAAGCGAAAGAUAAAUAGUAUCUGGCAGCUCGAUGUCGAGGUGCAAGGACCUAUCGAGAUGACGUCCUCUUCUACCUGCUGACGUAAUUUCGCAGGAUGCAUCGCAGAAUGUGGCUGCAGCAGACUAUACUUCUGCUACAGAUGAUUCACCUGAUCGCUUGGGCCAGUCUCGAGAAUACCGGGGUGUCUGACAGACUAGAAAAUGUGACGCAAACUAUGUCACGGAUCCUCGAUGGUUACGAUAUUCGAUUAAGACCAAAUUUCGGCGGAGAACCCCUAUUGGUUGGCAUGGAUCUCACGAUCGCGAGCUUCGAUGCAAUCUCGGAAGUAAACAUGGAUUAUACGAUAACGAUGUAUUUAAAUCAGUAUUGGAAAGACGAAAGACUGGCAUUUUCUCAAGAAGAAGAAGUUCUUACUCUUAGCGGAGAUUUCGCGGAAAAAAUUUGGGUUCCGGACACGUUUUUCGCUAAUGACAAAAACAGUUUCUUACACGACGUGACCGAGCGAAAUAAACUCGUUCGGUUGUCCGGAGACGGAUCUGUCACUUAUGGCAUGAGAUUCACGACGACCCUGGCCUGCAUGAUGGAUCUGCACUACUAUCCGCUCGAUUCGCAGAACUGCACCGUAGAGAUUGAGAGCUACGGAUAUACGGUGUUGGACGUGGUAAUGUAUUGGAAAGAGACUCCGGUACGUGGCGUGGAAGAAGCUGAACUGCCACAAUUCACGAUAAUCGGUUACGAAACGAACGAUCGUAAAGAGAAGCUAGCCACUGGUAUAUAUCAGAGAUUAUCAUUGAGCUUCAAACUUCAAAGAAACAUCGGAUACUUCGUUUUCCAGACUUAUUUGCCUAGCAUCUUGAUCGUGAUGUUAAGUUGGGUCAGUUUUUGGAUAAAUCACGAAGCGACCAGCGCCAGAGUAGCUCUCGGUAUAACGACAGUGCUCACCAUGACCACGAUUUCGACCGGUGUACGUAGCUCACUGCCACGUAUCAGCUACGUAAAGGCUAUUGACAUUUACUUAGUAAUGUGUUUCGUUUUCGUGUUCGCCGCUUUGCUAGAGUACGCAGCGGUUAAUUACACUUAUUGGGGUGCCAGGGCCAAAAAGAAGACGAAAAAGAAAGAAACUGAUGAGAAAAAAGUGAUUACUUCAAAAUCUGGAAGCAAAGCAAGUUCUCCUUUUCCUGGUUCAACGGAGGCGGACAUAAUAGAGCUUCAAGAUCUCAGGAUGUCUCCUCUGCCGAGUAUACGGAACAGAUCAGGUCUGGUUAGUAGCAGUUCGACGCCUGGAACCGGAAGAGAACAUGAUCCGGCCAAGUUUCCCCCUAGCUUUCGAAUUUCCAGAGUCGCGGCCUACAACACGUACGGGAGGAACGCUGGUCUUCGAUACAGAGGACCUAAGCAACAUAAACCUAAGGUACUACAUGCAAUACGAAGAGGAGCAUCUGUUCUACGCGUAUCGAUGCCCAAGAUCAAAGAUGUGAAUAUUAUAGACAAGUAUUCCAGAAUCAUAUUUCCGGUUAGUUUCAUGCUGUUCAACGCCAUCUACUGGGUAUUCUAUUUUCUCUGAAACAAAUUGCCAGCAUCUUCUCGCCAUCUACCGUGCGACGAAAGAUAAA